AUGCCGCCCCGAAAACGAAAGAAUAAAGAAGCAGUACAGUCCGUCGCGGAACCUCCCUCACCAUCCCCAGAUCCAGAUCCAGAGCGCUCCCCUCCAGGAUCCGAUGCGUCGCCCACCUCACCCGCGUCGCCAAGUGCCGAUUUGUCCCACAACGAUUCGGAGCCGCCACGCUUCUUCAAUACCACCUUUACUACGUAUCGCGUGUCGCCUCUCUACGUGGGGAAGCAGAAAUUAACGCCUGCGCGCCUACAACUCCUAUCUAAGCGCCUGCGAGACGCUCUCGUCGGUGAUGUAGUACGUGGUGUACAGGUCGGGUUAGACAGUGAUGCAGAAUUAGGGCGUACAGGUGCCUUAUAUGCUGUGGAAUGGCGAUGGAUAGAUGCCGAGAAAAUACUCGGAGGUAGCCGGCGAGAAGGUAGCGUAGAGUUAGGAGAACGACAGAUGAGAGCGGACGCAGGGGGGAAACAACGAGUUCUAUCUAUAGAGUUAAGGUACGAGAACGCUCGGUUUAGCGCUCUGCUCUUGUCCGAUCUAUCUGAAGACGAAAGUAUACCGGGUUCUAAUUAUCAGCCCUCAUGGACGUGGCAGACGGAUAAUAAUAGUGGCCCCAGGCUAGGAGAAGAUGAUCAGACGGCAUUCUUACACUUACCAUUGCUUCUAUUCCGGAUGCCUGCACCUCUCAAAUCUGUACUCAUCGAUUUCCUGUCAAACACUUUUGACUGCCGUGUUAGCCCCCUUGCGCUAGGCACACAGACGCUCGUGAGUAGUUGGGAGGCCUGGUUGUCCGAUAAUCACUCCAGGAGAACUCGAUAUGUACCGAGUAAAAAUACUCUUAUUACGCUCGGUUUUCACAUUGAGCCAAAGGAGCCUAGAGGACAAAGCAAUGGAAAUGAACUUGACGAUACAAGUGAACAGGAUCAAGGCCAAAAGCGAGACCUGCCUCAUAUAGGCAUAAAAACUAUUGACAUCACCAUUCCUGCCUCGGACGUAUACCGGUUCCUCCGUGUGGGUGAGAAGCUUGACAGCAAGCCUGCAACCGCCGUCAUAACGAGGAAGCGGAAAACGGAUGCACAAACCACUUUAUCAGAUGACCAGCAGAGUAGGAGGCGCCGGAAGCUCGCGGGCGGCAAGGAUGAAGAAGGAUGGGCAUGGCGCAGGCAGUAUCACGGUAGUAUGGAAGGAGAAGCAGAAGAGAACAUCAUCAAGCAGCCAUUCGCCGAUGCCCUAGCCGCGUACAUGUGGCACCACCUUGGGCUGGACAUGUUCCACCCGGGCGUUCGUGUGCAGCGAGUUGCAUGUGACGGAUUCGCACUAUCUGAGGGGAGGCUCAAAGUAUUCACCCCGGUUCGCGGACAUGGCAGCGAUGGCGAUGAGCAGGAAUCUUCCACGUGGAAGCUAGUCCGAGGCUUUGGUGCGAGAGCCAAGGGACGUCGGGUUGGGCUUCUGAAGCAGCAGCAAAGAUAA